AUGGCACCAUCAGAGUUAGCAGAACUCAAAAAACAGUUGCAAGAUUUAUCAGACAAAGGUUUCAUCAGGCCCAGUGUGUCACCUUGGGGAGCUCCAGUUCUAUUUGUGAAAAAGAAGGAUGAGACAAUGAGAAUAUCAGGGUAUCUUCAAUUGAAGAUCAAGGUAGAGGACGUGCCUAAGAUAGCUUUCAGGACCAGGUACGGUCAUUAUGAAUUCUUGGUCAUGCCUUUUGGCCUAACCAACAUCCCAACGAACAAAGCUGAACAUGAAGAGCAUCUGAGACAAGUACUUGGGACACUCAGGGAUAAGAGAUUAUUUGCUAAGUUAAAAAAGUGUGAGUUUUGGCUUAAGUCUAUUUCAUUUUUGGGACAUGUAGUCUCAAAGGAUGGUAUCUUAGUAGACCCCGGGAAAGUUGAAGCAGUAGUUAACUGGACCCAACCAACCAAUGUGCAUGAAGUUAGGAGUUUCUUGGGUUUGGCUGGUUAUUACCGUCGGUUUAUAGACAAUUUCUCAAAAAUAGCAGUUCCCCUUGCCGCCCUUAUCAGGAAGAAGAAUAAGUAUGAAUGGACUGAAAAAUGUGAGGAAAGCUUAUAG